AUGAAUCGCUCUUGCUAUUAUCUCCUGGCUGCUCUCGCGAUCGCUCUCCAACUGCUCGAUCAGGCCGCAUUGGCCGAGCAACGGACGAGGGACGGCUCGUUUUUCGGCAGGUACCCCAGAAGAUUUCUCGAUGUGUUGCUGGGAAAAUUUCGCCCUUGCCUCAACUGCGUUUGCGGUAAAUCAAAUCGAGGUGGUACGGCCCGAUUUUUAGGCGGCGAGUACACCGACACCCACGAGUUUCCGUGGCUGGCCAACAUACACGUGCGAAAUAAUCUGCUCGUCAGCGGGAUCUUGAUAAACGAUCGCUACGUCCUGACCGCGGCGAGUCAACUGCUCGGCGCAACUCCACCGGAGAUCAAGGUCGCACUCGGCGAGUACGACAGAUGCCACAUCGACGUGUCGUCCGUCAACAUGAGCGUCGACGCCGUCAUCCUGCAUCCGGAGUUCAGCUACGAGGCCCGGGCUCACGACUUGGCUCUCAUCCGACUGAGCCGCUCGACGCAGUUCGAACGCAGGGUCCAGCCGGUCUGUCUACCCGAACCCGGCGCGACGUAUCUCGGCCAGGUAGGUACUCUCAUGGGCUGGACCGAGAAGAGCAGCAGCAUCAGGAGCGAAAACGGCACCGACGGCGUCGACUCGAGGAGUUGCAGACCUCGUAAAUUAGGAUUGCCGAUACUCGGUAGGCGCGAGUGUCUCAAGAGUGGCGUUAAGCCGAGCAAUUAUCACGAGGAGAGUGGAUGUGUGGGCGUCGUUGGCUACAAUUCCAUUUUAUGCCAAAACGACGCGGGCACAUCGGUCUUGCACAGGUCCUACAACGGCUACUACGAUCUCGUUGGUAUGCUGUCGGACAUUAACAAUUGCAACGACACGGUUGGCACGGCAGUGUUCACUAGAAUAGGACCGCACAUGAAUUGGAUUUAUCACAAGACGCGCGACGCUUGCUAUUGCCUCAAACCUUUAGAAGUCCCGGAAAUUAAAUCUCUGAUGUUCGCUUACUAA